UAAUAAACGAAAGCUACCAUUUCCAUCGCACGGCUUUAUCAUCAGCUGUGUAACUCCCUCUCCUGCUUCACAUUCGCUCUCUCUCUGCGCGUAGGAAACCAAAUCGAUGUCAACUCUAAGCCAUCGCCAAGCAACGAGAAAUCCUUAUUCUUCAAUUCUGCUAACUACGUGAGUCUCGAUUCUCUCCUUCUGCAAACAACAAUGGCGUUUCGAGCUGUUAACAGUUGCUCGGUCUUCCGCUCUGCUUCCUCCCCGCCUCUCUCCGCCUUCCGAAGUUGCCUCUUUAAUGCCAGCAACCUUCACUUCCGAUGGAGCUCGAAAUUAAACUGUAGGUCUCCUAUAUUAUGGCACAAACAACAAGUUUUCAGAAGCGGCGGAGGUCGAUUCUACUCCUUGUACAGUAUCGUCGAAAACGUUGUUGAAGAGCUCGAAGCUCUGCGUAGGCGAAAGAGAGUUUCCGCUACCUCUAAAAUGGGAUUGGUGGCCAUGGGAAGUGGAGAGCUUACUGAAGAUAAGCUUAUGAAUCGAACACUGGAAAAGGGACUGUUGCUGGAGUUCAAGAAGGACUCGGAUAGAGUACUACUGGCAGUCGCGCAGAGACCUGACGGGAAAAAGAACUGGAUGGUGUUCGAUCAGAAUGGUGUGACAUCAUCUAUUAAGCCACAACAAGUUACGUACAUUGUCCCUGGUGUUGAAAAUUUUGACCAUACAGAAAUUGCAGACUUCAUUAAGAAAGCUCACGAUAACUUGGACCCGACACUGCUGGAGUUUGCUUGGCUUGAGCUUCUUGAACAAAAUAAGGCUGUGACUACCGAAGAGUUAGCUGAGAUGAUAUUUGGGAGUACAGAGCCUCUUGAUAGCUAUUGUGCGCAUCUGUUGUUAUCAAGAGAUGAAUUAUACUUCACUAUUCUGCAGACAAAAGGUUCGCGAUCUUUUUAUGGUCCAAGACCUACUGACCAAGUUGAAGAGCUUCAACGUAAAAAGCUUGCAAAGGAGGCAGCUGAGAAAGAACUACAAGAAUUCGUAGAAUUAUUGAAAUCUGCUAAGGCAAUGCCUUUGAAGGCCAAACCACCUAAAUCUUCCUGGGUAGCUGAAGAGAAAACCAGACACAAGAUUCAGUCUCUCGAAUCUUAUGCUAUUGAUGCUUGCAAGGAUGAUGAACAACGAAAAACAGCUGGGAUGAUUCUCAAGGCUAUGGGACUGGUGAAAACAGCAUCAUCGUCAGUAAAUCUUCUCAUAGACAUAGGGUAUUUCCCUCGGCAUGUUAAUCUUGAUCUUUUGAAGUUCAACAUUCGAACAGAUCAUUCAGACGAGAUUAUAGCAGCUGCUGAAUCACUUUUACUGGAGGCAUCUGAUCCUGAUGAGGUUGACAGGAAGAAUCUCACACAUCUGAAAGUUUAUGCCAUUGAUGUUGAUGAAGCAGAUGAGCUUGAUGAUGCCUUGAGUGCAACAAGAUUGUCAGAUGGUCGAAUUAAAAUAUGGAUUCAUGUUGCUGAUCCAGCUAGAUUUGUUCGACCAGGGAGCAUAGUAGACAGGGAGGCCAUGAAAAGAGGAACUUCUAUAUUUCUUCCAACAGCCACGUACCCUAUGUUUCCGGAGAAACUAGCAAUGGAGGGAAUGAGUUUAAAACAGGGAGAGACUUGCAAUGCAGUUUCUGUAUCUGUUGUCCUUCAUUCUGAUGGAAGCAUUGCAGAAUACUCUGUGGAAAACUCUAUCAUCAAACCAACUUACAUGCUGACAUAUGAAAGUGCGUCUGAGCUGCUUAGUUUGAACUUGGAAGAGGAGGCUGAGCUCAAAAUUCUAUCUGAGGCUGCAACUUUGCGAUUAGAAUGGAGAAGGCAACAGGGGGGAAUUGACAUGGCCUCUUUGGAGACACGGAUCAAGGUAGCAAAUCCAGAAGACCCGGAACCUGAAAUCAAUCUCUACGUGGAAAACCAGGCUGACCCUGCCAUGCGACUUGUUUCUGAGAUGAUGGUCCUAUGUGGGGAAGUUAUAGCCACUUUUGGAUCUCGCAAUAACAUUCCCUUACCCUACAGAGGACAACCCCAAACAAAUAUAGAUGUAUCUGCAUUUGCUCAUCUUCCAGAAGGGCCUGUUAGGAGUUCUGCAAUUGUUAGAACAAUGCGUGCGGCUGAAAUAGAUUUCAGGAAGCCUAUACGCCAUGGGAUUUUGGGAAUUCCUGGUUAUGUCCAAUUUACAUCUCCCAUCCGUAGAUAUUUGGAUCUUCUUGCACAUUAUCAGGUUAAGGCAUUCCUUAGAGGUGACUCUCCUCCGUAUUCCCAUGGUCAAUUGGAAGGGAUGGCAUCAACCGUAAAUAUAAAUACCAAAUUGGCAAAGAGGCUCUCAACCAUAAGUCUUCGUUAUUGGGUCUUAGAGUUCUUGAGAAGGCAACCAAAAGAAAAUAGAUAUAGGGCGUUGAUCCUCAGGUUCAUUAAAGAUCGAAUUGCAGCCCUGCUGUUGGUUGAGGUGGGACUUCAAGCAUCUGCGUGGGUAUCUGUUGGAGCACAAAUUGGAGAUGAAGUCCAAGUGCGAGUAGAGGAUGCCCAUCCACGUGAUGACGUUCUUUCCCUGAAGGAGAUUAUUCAGUAGAUGUAUGAGAUUCGUUUAGUUCAAAAACAUUUUAUGACAAGGUGUUACUCCCAGAAGUUGCAAGAUAUCUCUCCACAACAUUUGCUGCAGCGUUGAUGCCAAGAGGAUUCACCACAACACUCAUUUCAUGAACCUAAUCCCUAUAUAUGCCCGUCGAAAUCUUGGGAAGUUAUGAAGGUGUCUACUUUUGGAGUUCGAUCGAACUAUGGAAAAGAAGAUGAAAUUCAAAGGUGACGGCAUUUCCCAGAUGGUUGCUAUUGCUCAUUUGAAGGUAUGAGUGUGGAAUUUGGGCAUCUUGUCUUCAAUCUUCAUCCAGUUUAUUAUAAUUUUAAAUAACUUGAUUGGUGUCAUAUAAUUUGAUUAUUGAAAACUCUAAUUGAAUUACAGCUCUUUAGUUAGUCAAGUGUGUCUUAGUUGAUUUGAUGUUAGCGAGGUGGAAACUUCCAAAAUAUUGCAACUUGAAAAAGGUAUAGCCAAGCCGUCAAAGGAGGAAUGCAUAGGAAAAAUUGAUUGCUUGUCGUGCUAGUAACUUGUAAGAUAUUUGUUAGUAGAUUUUAAUCUCUAACGACUUGGAGCCACAAAUGGAUAUUAUCCAUCAAAAAGUUACAAACCUUGAUAGCUCUAGUUUCAUUGCUUUCCUUAGUACCUUUUUUUUUCUUUUUAAAUGAAACUAAUGGGAUUCCUACUUAAGAAUUAUACUACAAUUUGAGUCCUGGCUAAAGAUAAAUGGUUCGUUGGAUUUAGAGAAUCUAUAGCUAUGUUUGUGUUCUCAUUAAAGGAACUCAACAAUGAAGUCAAGAAGAAAAAUUAUGAAAGCAAGUGGGAAGAAAAUAGAUGUUGAAAUUGCUUAGGUAGAAAAAUGUUUCUAUUGGUGAAUGAAUUAGAUUUUACUUGUGUUAGUCAUCAUUGGUGAAGCUUUUCGAGUAGAAGAUAGAAAGGAAAGUAUGUGAGAUGGUCUUUAUUUGAGUUCAGUCAAAGUCGAGAACAUAUUUUCAUUGCUAAGUAAAAUAAGUAGUUUAUCUUGUAAAGGUGCUUUAGAGUAGAAUCUUUCAAUAGUUCAAGUAGUCCAGUUAAUUAGAAAAUAAGUUCACCAUAAUAUUGCAUUGUAACUAGUAGAGUCAAAGACUAUUGUUAAUCCUUCAUAUGUUCAAAGUAUUUAAAGUUGCCUAACCAUGAAUCAAAAUUUUGUCUUUUAUACCUCAAAGUUCUGAACCAUAUACUAGUGAGUAUGAAGGACAAAAAUGAAGUGAGCUUGUUACUUACUGUAGAUAGUGGAUGAGUAAAUGAGAAUUAGAAUGUUGUGAAGCCCAGCAGUUGAGUUUUUCAUUGAAGAGCGAUGGAGAAUAUUUAGAGGGGAUUGACAUUAAACGAGGUUAGGCAAUAGGCAUUGAACAUUUCCAUAACUGUCAUGAGACCCAUUUUACAAGAUGAACUCUGUAAGUAAUUCAAUAGGGUUUCACAUGAAUCAGAGCAGAGCCUGCAAAUAAAAAAGGACAGAGGGUCAUCAGGAAUCAAGCAUCGCCCAUGUGCCAUGUCCCUGCAAUUUACACUAAUGGCACUAGGCUGCAGGCUAUCCCAUCAGCCUUUUACUAGGAGGGGAGGGGGUCAUCCACUUCCUUUUUGGGUCAAAUUUGUUUUAUAUAUACUCGUAGACGUUUCAAAUUAUUAGAUUCUAUCACUGACUUAAAUAUAGUU